UGGACCAUAAACCUUUGCACCGUCUGGCCCUAAAGUAUCCCGCCUGGUCCUUCUGGAGUAUUACAGCAACCCCCUCGAUGCCUUCAUUGCUUGGCAAUCUGUGCAGUGUCUCAUCUCAGCCAGGGAGCUUGGCAGCCGAACGGUUGCUCUGAGUCAGCCUGACGGUCGGCCGGAGCUGCCCGCAUGUCUCCGCUCUGCCAGCUGCAGCAAUGUUGCCUCUCCACCUGCCUGCUGCUUCUGGAUUAAAGCGGCAGCAACUUUCCCCAAGUAGUAGCAGCAGCAGCGUUGGCAGCGCAUAGCCACAAGAGUGCGCGUUGUCCCCGGCAGUGUGCAGCAGCCAAGCUGCCGCAUGCAGUGAGAGACUGCCUCGGAGUGUGUGUGUGUGUGUGUGUGUGUGUGUGUGUCAGCAAAGCCCGGCCCUCCUGGCAUAUAAGAUCAACAGCAGCAGAAGCGUCAACGAGGCCAGGAAAAUAAUACCGCCACAGAGUGGAGCGCGCACAGCAACUCUGGAGGGUGUCGUUGCUCUUCGCUUGGGAGGGGACGUGGCGUGUGCGUCCAGAGGCAGAACGUGGUGACGGGCGGCGAGAAGCAGAGCCGGCAGGUCCUGCAUUCUUCACCUCCCUUGACCACAUCACAAUGCAGUUUUUUGGGACCUCAGGACCCUCUGUUUGAGCCAGACCAUAAUACUCUGAAGAAGCUGGGUGCUUAGGCGGUUCCUCGGUGACCUCUUCUCUCGAGACAAAUCCCUGUGAAGGUGGGGAAACUUCAUAAGGAAAGGUGGGGAUACAGCCAAAGGACCGUCCCUGUUGUGUGGACCCCGGGGCGAAAGUGGACGCUGGAAUCGGAGGAUGACCCAAAUAACGCAGCCUCAGAAGCUGAGCUGUGGCAUGCAGGCGGAGGAAGGCACGGACUGGCUACUGGAGCUGCUCACCGAGGUGCAGCUGCAGCAGUACUUCCUGCGUAUCCGCGACGACCUCAAUGUCACACGCCUGUCGCACUUUGAAUACGUCAAGAAUGAGGAUUUGGAGAAGAUUGGAAUGGGCCGGCCAGGUCAGAGGCGUCUUUGGGAGGCAGUGAAGAGGAGGAAGGCCAUGUGCAAGCGGAAAUCCUGGAUGAGCAAAGUGUUCAGUGGGAAGAGGCCAGACUCGGAAUUCCAGCCCCAGGGUGUGCUGAGUAAGAGGUCGACCCCACCACUCCCAGAAGAGGGCCAGCAGCAGGCCCUGACCUGCCUCAUCAGUGAGAAGGACCUGAUACUCUUUGAGAAGCUGGGAGACGGAUCCUUUGGAGUGGUGCGGCGCGGAGAGUGGUGUGCACCCACUGGCAAGACACUUAAUGUGGCGGUCAAGUGUCUCAAGACAGACGUGCUGAGCCAGCCAGAAGCCCUGGACGACUUCAUCCGCGAGGUGAAUGCCAUGCACUCCUUGGACCACAUGAACCUCAUCCGACUGUACGGCGUGGUGCUCUCCAAUCCCAUGAAGAUGGUUACUGAGCUGGCCCCUCUGGGCUCCCUGCUAGACCGGCUGCGCAAGAACCAAGGGCAUUUCCUGAUCUCCACCCUCUGCCAGUAUGCCAUCCAGAUCGCCCGGGGCAUGGCCUACCUGGAGUCCAAGCGCUUCAUCCACCGUGACCUGGCCGCUCGCAACAUCCUCUUAGCCACCAACGACCUGGUCAAGAUUGGAGACUUCGGGCUCAUGCGGGCCCUGCCCAAGAACGACGACCACUACGUCAUGCAGGAGCACCGCAAAGUGCCGUUUGCGUGGUGUGCCCCUGAAAGCCUGAAGACCCGCACCUUCUCGCACGCCAGCGAUACUUGGAUGUUUGGUGUGACGCUCUGGGAGAUGUUCACGUACGGACAGGAGCCGUGGGUCGGCCUGAAUGGCAGUCAGAUUCUGCACAAGAUUGACAAGGAGGGUGAGCGUUUGGGCCGGCCGGAGGACUGCCCCCAGGACAUCUACAACGUCAUGCUGCAGUGCUGGGCGCCCAAGCCAGAAGACCGGCCCACCUUUGUGGCCCUGCGUGACUUCCUGUUGGAGGCUCAGCCCACGGACAUGUGUGCCCUGCAGGAUUUUGAAGAGCCGGACAAGCUCCAUAUCCAGAUGAACGACAUCAUCACGGUCAUCGAGGGCAGGGCUGAGAAUUACUGGUGGCGGGGUCAGAACAAGAGGACCCUGAAGGUGGGCCAGUUUCCACGCAACACCGUGACCUCGGUGGCCGGGCUCUCGGCCCACGACAUCAGCCAGCCACUCAAAAACAGCUUCAUCCACACGGGCCAUGGAGACACCAACCCCCAGCAGUGCUGGGGCUUCCCUGACAAGAUUGACGAACUGUACCUGGGAAAUCCCAUGGACCCUCCAGACGUUCUAGGCGUGGACUUGAAUGCAGCUCGGCCCACACAGCUACCAGGAAGGGCAAAAAGAGAGCCGCCUCCUCGGCCACCUCAGCCUUCGAUCCUUCUAAAGAAGCCCUCGUAUGACCCUGUGAGUGAAGAGGACAACCCGCUCUCCUCGAGCCUCAAGCACCUCUGCCUGAAGAAGCCCGGCCCGGCCCGUGGUCUGCGCCCUGCCAAGCCGUCUGCCCGUGUCUCUGGCACCAAGGUGGGCGAGAGGCUGCUGCUGCCCCGUGCCAAGGGGGGCAUCACGCCUGGCAACGAAGUGACACUGAUAGACUUCGGGGACGAGCCCGUCCCCACCACCCCAUCCCCUGUAGGGGAGCUCUGUGCGCCAUCGCUGGCCAAACUGGCCAUGGAAGCUUUCUCCUUGUUGGACAAGACCCCCCCUCAGAGCCCCACACAGGCUCUGCCCCGGCCCCUCCACCCGACCCCCAUCGUGGACUGGGAUGCUCGGCCUCUGCCUCCCCCACCGGCCUACGACGACGUGGCUCAGGACGAAGACGACUUUGAGGUGUGCUCCAUCAACAGUGCGGAAGGCCUGGUGGGGCAGCAGUCCGGCCCCAGAGCCUGGGAGAAAGGGGAGACGAACAGCGGGUUUGUGUCCGACGGCGACCACGCUGCUCUUCUGCUGGAGGACAACCUCUUCCUGCCGCCCAAGGAGGCCAAGCAACCCAGUCCUGCCCAGACCACGGAGAUCUUCCAAGAGCUGCAGCAGGAGUGCAUGAAACGUCUCAAUGUGCCCUUGGGGGCCACCUCCGUAGCUUCCACGCCCAGCCCAGGGGACGACAAGCCCCAGAUCCCCCCUCGCGUGCCCAUCCUCCCCCGGCCCCUCCGCAGAAACGAGCACGGCCGCUGGUCCGGGGAGCUGUCGCCAGCGUCUGGUGGGGAGGAGGACCGGCCGCCCCAGAUCCCCCCACGAGACCCCUUGUCCCAGCCCGGCUCCAGGACUCCCAGCCCAAGGGCACUGCAGGGGGGGUCCCCACAACCCCGGGUCAACCUGUGCUCGCCGCUGUCCCUGGGCUCCUACCUGUCCACGUCCCCCGGGAAGCAGUCCAUGCCCACCACCCAGAGCUUUGCCCUGGACCCCAAGUAUGCCACGCCCAAAGUGAUCCAGGCUCAAGGGAAAGAAAGUGUGAAGGGACCGUGCAUCCUGCCCAUCGUCAAGGACGGCCGGAAGGUCAGCAGCACCCACUACUACCUGCUUCCCGAGCGCCCGCCCUACCUGGACAAGUACGAGAAGUUCUUCAAGGAGGCCAAGAAGCCGGAGGAAGCUCCACCCCCAGCCAGAGUGGUCACCACAGCUACCGUGCGGCCCAUGGUCCAGCAGCAGCCGGACUACAAAGCCAACUUCUCUUCCAACAAUAGUAACUUGGUGGUCAAAGCUUGCUGCGGUCUCCAGAAGAUCAUCUAUGAUGGCUCAGACGGCCCGAGGCCCUCCGAUAAGAUACGGCUGGUCCAGGAAACAGUGCACGGUGUCACCACGGAGGAGUGCCAAGCAGCUCUGCAGAACCAUGGCUGGAACGUCCAGAAGGCCAUCCAGUAUCUGAAGGUGGAGCAGCUCUUCUGCCUGGGCCUCAAGACACGGCUGGAGUGCCACAAGGUCCUGGAAAUGUUCGACUGGAACUUAGAGCAGGCCAGCUCCCACUUGCUGGACCCCUACAGCGCCUUCAGGCUCAAGCGAUGACCAAUGGCCGUCCUCCGAAACGGAAGUAUUUGACCCACUGUGGGCGCUCCCAGGUGGCGCUCCCCCGAGGACCCUCUUCUUCCAGGCAUAUGGACCGAGAAGCGGCUCCGAGGCAGAAGAUGAUGGGGCCGAGGCAGAGGCAGAGGAGGCUGCGGCUGGGGCAGCUGUGAAUGGCCGGGCCCAACCUGUAUCGCUCCCCCAUGCCAGCAACUGUCCGCUCCUUCCUCCGAUGCAGGCAGCUCCGAGUGGGCUUGUCUUCCUCUCCCUCCCUGCUUCCAGCUGUUAUUCCUGUCGCUUGCUGUUGGAUUUAUUUUGUAAAGAGAAGUGUUACAUUAAUAUAUAAAUAUUCUAUUCUAUUUUGGAGAGAA